GGGAUUUUGGGAAAUUGUGUUCAUCCUGCAAAUACGUUGUCCACAUCGCAUGGAUGUAUUACAUGAGAAUACAUCUCCCAGACGCCUGAGCGGCUCAUAUGUGUUUCGUUGACUUGAACUACGAGCUACUGUGAAGUCUCCGGCUGCUAAUGUACAUUUUAAAAGAAUAAAUCCGUCAUUUGAGGAACAGAGAGCGUUAGCAUCUUGUUAGCUAAUAUUGUUUUGAAUGCCGCCAUUGGACGACUGGACUCUUGGCUGCGAAGCUGAAAUACGUAUGUUAUGGAUGGAAAUUUCUGAGUAGCUUGGCGAAGAUGUAACUAAUACGAUGUGUGGUAAAUUGUUAGGUAGCAAAGGUGUGACAUUCACUGUCAGUGUCGCCUCUUCUGACAUACAGUUUUAGAAAUUGGAGUUAUAUUUUCUAGCAUCCAUGCUAAAUGUAGUUAUUUGCCCCUGACAGGACAGUUGCACAUCAUCAUCCACAUACCAGCUAACCAUUAUUUAUCAUAUGAUUUGGUAGUGCUACCAAAUUAUUUACCUGCCUUGGAAGGGAGUCUGGUCGUUUUUAUUAUAUGUUUAGUUUCCUGAUGGCAAAAGAAGAAUGUAUUUCACAGAGGAACAAAACAGAGCACUCCUCAAUACUGCGAAACAGAAAAAAUAUUCCCACCUCACUGAAGACCUCUCAGGCCCCAUUCACUUCUGUAUCAAAGGACAAAAUCAGUCAAACUGCUGGACACUCGUCAGAAGAUGACAAUCAGUCCUCAAAUGGAUCCUCAGCUCAGUUAUUUACCAGGAGACAUGGUGAGUCUCCAGUCAAAGUGCUGCUGUUACUGGUGGUAGGACUGUCUUUCUCUACACGUCUCUACAAGAUAACAGAGCCCCCUCAUGUGUGCUGGGAUGAGACACACUUUGGAAAGAUGGGCAGCUACUACAUCAACAGGACCUUCUUCUUUGACGUCCAUCCUCCUCUUGGAAAGAUGCUGAUAGGUCUCGCUGGUUACAUGACCGGUUAUGAUGGCACCUUUCCUUUCAUAAAGCCUGGAGACAAAUAUGAACAGCAAAACUACUGGGGGAUGAGAGGGUUUUGUGCUGUGCUGGGCUCCUUUCUCCCAAUCUUUGCCUACCUCAUAGUGCUGGAGUUGUCUCAGUCUCACACUGCUGCUUUCAUCACUGCCAUCCUGCUAAUAUUUGACACUGGCUGCAUCACCAUCUCCCAGUACAUCCUGUUAGACCCCAUUCUCAUGUUCUUCAUCAUGGCAGCAGUGCUGAGUAUGGUCAAGUUCAACCAGCAGAGAUACAGGCCUUUCACUGCCUCCUGGUGGUUUUGGCUGGUACUGACUGGUGUCAACCUGGCUGGCGCUUUUGGAGUGAAGUUUGUGGGUCUGUUUGUCAUCCUGCUGGUUGGGCUGAACACAAUCUGGGACCUGUGGAGACUUCUGGGAGACCUGAGCCUCUCACUGGUGGACGUUGCCAAGCACUUCCUGGCUCGAGUUGUUGGACUCAUCCUGCUUCCACUCUUCCUCUACGUUACAGUAUUUGCAGUGCACUUUGUUGUUUUGAACAAAAGUGGACCAGGAGAUGGUUUCUUCAGUUCUGCCUUCCAGUCCCGCUUAAUGGGGAACAACCUCUACAACGCAUCAAUGCCUGAGUACCUGGCAUAUGGCUCCACCAUUACAGUGAAAAACCUCCGGAUUGCUGGAGGCUAUUUGCACUCUCAUUGGCACUUAUACCCAGAAGGAGUGGGAUCACGGCAACAGCAGGUUACAGCCUACUCCCAUAAGGACUACAACAACUUGUGGCUGGUUCACAGACAAGAUGAUAAUAAUUCUCAAUCUGGGAGCCCUGAUCUGGUUCGUCAUGGUGACAUCAUCCGAUUGGAGCACAAGGAAACAACCCGGAACCUUCACAGUCACCUCCAUGAGGCACCUCUGACCAAGAAACACUUCCAGGUUACAGGCUAUGGCAUUAACGGUACAGGGGACACCAAUGACCUGUGGCAGCUGGAGGUGUGUGGAGGUCGGAAGGGUGACCUGGUGAAAGUGCUGCGUAGCAAAGUUCGCUUUCUGCACCGAGCUACUGGAUGUGUGCUUUACUCCUCUGGCAAGACUCUCCCAAAAUGGGGCUGGGAGCAGGUUGAGGUGACCUGUAGUCCCUACUUGAAGGAGACUCCAAGCUCUCAGUGGAAUAUUGAGGAUCAUAUCAAUCCCAAAUUGCCCAACAUUAGUCUCUCUGUGCUGAAACCCCAUUUUCUUGAAAUCUUACUGGAGUCCCACAUUGUUAUGAUAAGAGGUAAUAGUGGCUUGAAACCCAAAGACAAUGAAAUGAACUCCAAACCUUGGCACUGGCCCAUCAACUACCAGGGACUGAGGUUUUCAGGAGUGAAUGAAACAGAGUAUCGUGUUUACCUGCUGGGAAACCCUGUGGUUUGGUGGCUGAAUCUGGCCAGUUUGGGGUUGUAUCUCAUCAUGGUGGCAGUGGCGUCUGUCACCAUCCAAAGAGGUUUCUCACUGGGCCCAAAAAGAAUAGAGCAAUCUCAAGUGCUUAUGAGAGGAGGAGGACUGCUGCUCCUUGGUUGGCUGCUUCACUAUGCACCUUUCUAUACUAUGGGCCGUGUCCUCUACUACCAUCACUACUUCCCUGCAAUGCUCUUCAGCAGCAUGCUAACAGGAAUUACAGUAGACAUCCUGUUGAACAGUGCUGACCUGAUACUCCAACCACCUUAUUCUGACUGGAUGCAGAGAGUCGGCCAGAUGGUACUUCUACUUAGCGUUCUUUACAGUUUCUACCUGUUCCAUCCGCUGUCCUACGGCAUGACCGGUCCUCUAGCACACGAGCCGGGCAGCGCCAUGGCAGGCCUGAAGUGGAUGGACUCCUGGGAGUUCUAGUCAGUUUUACCUGAAUAUGACACUAAUGAUGUGAUAUAUACAAACUGUUUUUACUAUGAGGGAUUUAAAUCACUCGUGUGUAUCACAGAUGUGUGGACUUCAGAGUGUUUAAGCGUAGAAACAGUUUUCAUAAGUUACUGUCUGAGUCUCAGUAUUUGUGUCCCAGCACUUCCACGUGUUAUAAUGUGUCAUGUAUGAAGAGUGCUGAAUAAGACAGGACCUGAAUCAAAGUGUUGUGGAGCGUACAAGAAUAAAUAUCUAGACUUUAAUCAUCACCAGGCUGCCUUAACUCACAACACAACUUCCUUACUGGACUUACACUACACUAAGCAAUGGCUACUGACUCUCAGUGUUUACAUUUCAGUUUCGUCAAUAAACAGAAAUAUUCUUGUA